AUGGUGACGCACAGCCCAGGCCAAGGUCCAGGUCCAAGUGUAGAUCCAGAUCCAGGUCCAGAUCCAGAUCCAGAUCCAGAUCCAGACUUGGACCCCGGACAGAUGCAGGACCCGGACCUGGACCCCGGACAGAUGCAGGACCCGGACCCGGACCCCAGACUGAUGCCGGACCCGGACUUGGAUCCCGCACAGGUGCCGGACCAGGGCCCGGACCUGGACCUGGACUCGGACUGGAGUGUGUCGUUCGCCGGGUGCGGGUUCAUGGCGGUCUACUACAUCGGGGCCGCGGCUUGCGUCCUGGAGCGCGCUCCCGGCCUCUUCACCGGGGCCUCCCGGAUCUGCGGAGCUUCGUGCGGGUCUGUGGUGGCGGCUCUGCUGGCGGUGGGAACCCCCCUGGACAAAUGCUGUGCAGAGCUGAUGUCCAUGGCUCAGAAGGCGAGGGGGCGUGGCCUGGGCCCCCUCCACCCCACCUUUAACCUGCUCCAGCUGGUCCAGGACGCUCUGAAGGUCCACCUCCCCGAAGACGCCCACAUCCGCGCGACUGGAAAACUGGGCGUGUCCCUCACCAGAGUGGCUGAUGGGAAAAACGUCCUGGUGUCGGAGUUCGACAGCAAAGACGAACUCAUCCAGGCUUUAAUCUGCAGCUGCUUCAUCCCUUUUUACUGUGGACUGAUUCCACCCACGUACCGCGGAGUGCGUUACGUGGACGGCGCCGCCAGCGAUAACCUUCCUCACUGUCACCUGAAGAAGACCAUCACGUUCUCAGCGUACGCCGGAGAGAGCGACAUCUGUCCUCCAAUGAGUGCGCUCAACCUCCACGAGGUCAGAUUCAACAACGUCAGCAUCCAGGUGAACUGGGAGAACGUCAGGAGGGUCGCCAACACCUUCUUCCCUCCAGACGCUGAGGCCAUGGCUCAGAUCUGUCAGAACGGUUUCAUGGACGCGCUUCGUUUCCUUCAGAAAAACAACCUGAUCAGUCCGAGCCCUCAGACCCAUGUGGAUCCAGACCCAUUCAGACCAUGUUGUGAGUUUCUGGAUCAGACUGAACCAGAUCAAACCCAGAAGAACCACCAGAACCACCAGUGGCUGAAUCCACAGUUUAUAGAGAAACUGCCUCUGAACCUGAGGACGAUUCUGUGCGACGCCUGUAAACGCAGCUGUUCCUCUGGCGGUCUGUUGUCCAAUGUGUCCUCGUACCUGCGAACGCCUCAUGCUCUUCCGAUGACAUCACGUCUGGCUCAGAGGUUCAUGGACUGGAUCCCAGACGUCUACGGACUCGCAGGAGACGUUUUCAGAAGAACCCGAAAAAAACAGGAGGAAAACAAGGAUGAAGAGGAAGACAAGGAGGAGGACAAAGGUCAAAGCGUUCGUCUUCUCCGUCGCUGUUCCAGUUUACCAUCAGACCUGAACCUGUGGGACCACAGAGAACCCCACCCCAUGACCCCAGAGGCCACGCCCACCUCCAGCCUCGCCUUCACCUGGGACCACAUGCCCCUGACUCCGCCCCCGACACCCACCUUUAGCCCCGCCCUCUCAGGGUUGGGUUUUGGUCUGAACCACGCCACGGGCUGGACGACUGCACAAGGACCGAAAAAAACAGAAGAAGAAGAACAAGAAGAAGGAGUUGAUCAGAAAUAA